AUGAGUCAUAGCUCUAUGGAAUAAAGGAAUGGGUAGUUGUUAGUGAUGACAAUCCAAAUAGAUGACAAACGAAGUGGUAGAAUAGAUGUAUUCGAAGGAGAUGAUCCUGAAAUACUGGCACGGGAUUUUUGCAUUAAAUAUAACUUAAAUUAAAGAGUGGCACCAUUACUGAUAGAUAAUAUUCAGAAACAAAUUUCAAUAGCACAAAAGGAACGCAUGAAUAUGGUUCAAUACGUAAGAAGUUGA